GGGAGACCCUGGUUUGAAUCCAACAAGGGCAAGAACAUGUAUCUCUUUUAAUUGCGGGCUGGCCAAACUAGGCUUGCUUGGUUCCAUUUCCUAUCAAGUUAGGCCAAUUUGCAGGAAAAUAACAAACAUUACAACAGUGGGUGUCAGCUCUGGUAGUACUCUUCAAGGAAUGAGGCUUAUCAGUAGACCUUGUGUAUUUGAUGCCAAAACAAAUGUUAUUUCUUGUUGCAGUGACUGAGGAUGCCAGUGUGGGAGGAACAUAUGAAGGCACAGAGCCCAUGGGUCUACUGUGGAGCAUGCAGCCUGUUCCAGGGAGUCGAACAGGCCUCCGGUUGAGAAAGAUGAAUGUCCUCACUCCCAUGGUGGUACACAUCUCUGUGUUCAGUGGUCAUGUGACUGAGGGCUUCAGCAAGCAGUCUCCCCUAGCAACUGUUGUCAUAGAGAGAUGGUACCUGGCACCAGGUGUUCGCAGAAUUGACAUCAGGGAAGAUGGGGUCAAAGGCACCCUGUUUAUACCACCAGGUCCUGGACCCUUCCCUGGUGUUUUGGAUUUGUGGGGAGGAGGUGGUGGACUGGUGGAGUACCGAUCUGGACUCUUGGCAUCACAUGGUUUUGUUUCCAUGGCCCUAGAAUACUUUAUUGUUGACACAAACAGACCACCAACACUCCAUUUUAAAAUCUUUGAGGAAGCUUUCAGGAUUGUUCAAGAGCACCCCCUGGUGAUGAAGGACAAGGUUGCGCUGUAUGGUCUUAGUUUUGGCACGUAUGUCACACUCCGCUUAGCAGCCUAUUCUAAAUCAGUCAGCCCCAGAUGCUGUGUGUGUAUCAAUGGGAGUCAUGACCCCCCGGUCCACAACCUACUCUACAAAUUAUUUGUACAUGUUAUGCACACCCAGAAUGAAACACGGUCUGAUCAGGAGGGCCAAGUGGUCCGUAGAGACCUCAUUCUGCCUAUUCCAAUUGAGUCUAAAGAAACAGUGGAUAUGGGGAGGAUAGAGUGUCCGUUGAUGAUGGUCAUUGGGGAUGAUGAUCAGAACUGGUCCACAUCUGCUGAGGAUAUGACCCAGAUGAUGCGUGCAGCAGGAAGUGAACACUUGCUGACAAUUCUCCGAUACCCUGGUGCUGGACACCUCAUUGAACCACCCUACACCCCUCACACCAGAGCCAGCAUCUUCGUAAUGCCACCGAAAAGAGAUAAAAUGAUCAUGUUGUGGGGAGGGUCCCCAAAGCCACAUGCUGAUGCUCAGGAAGAUCCUUGGGUUUUUCCUGCAACAACUCUACUUGAGCCACAAUGACGACCCUAAAGCAAAACUGUGAUGUCACACACAAGAUCCCAGGAUCUACUAUUAACCUCAGGACCUAUUAUUAACAACAGAUGAAGCUUUAUAUUGAUUGUUUUAAUAUUUUAUCAGACUAGUAGACACAGCUUUAAAAGUCACCUGCAAAAUGAUUGGCAGCCUCGAUAAAAUUGAGCAAAAAGACCAUCAAACAGUCUGUGACAGUGGGGUGAUGGAAGGGUCCGUCAUCUCCCUCUUUUCCCGGUUUCCAUUGCUUCACAAACACUUCCCGGACUAGUUCAUUGUCACGUCUUCAAAUCAUGCACACCAGGUCUCAGUCAUUCCAUCAGUAUGUGUUUAAAUGUUUCUCCUCUGCUCCCCUCACUUGUCGGUUAUUGUUGCUUGUCAUUUUGUGUCGGUUAGUGUUUCUUCUCGUUCUGUUUUCAUGUAUGCCUUUCGAUCACCGUAUCGUGUGACAAACUUGAAUAU